AUGCGCAUCCUUUUGAGUAAUGGGGAAUCCUGGAGGCAAAUGCGAAGGUUCACCAUCUCCACUCUACGGGACUUUGGGAUGGGCAAGAAAACUAUUGAAGGUAAAAUCAUUAAAGAAGCCCAUUACAUGAUAAACGUGUUUGAAUCCCAUAAAGGCCAAGAAUUUAAUCCAACCAUUCAGUUAAAUGCUGCUGUGGGCAAUAUCAUCUGUUCCAUAGUUUUUGGUGAUAGAUUUGAUUAUGAUGACCAAACAUUCAUCAGUUUGAUAAAGAGAAUAAAUGAAAAUGUUCAGCUUGCUGGUUCUUCAAUGGUUCAGCUUUAUAAUUCUUUUCCCAUACUGAGAUUUCUACCCGGUUCACACAAGAAAAUAAGGAAAAAUGAAAUAAUGGUUGGGCAGUUUAUCAAAGACUUCAUAACCAAGAACUACCAGACACUGGAUGCAAAUGAUCCAAGGAGCUUUAUUGAUGUGUUCAUGUUAAAGCAGCAGCAGGAUGAGGAAUCAGGGAACCCAAAUACAUAUUUCCAUAAAAACAACCUGAUAUUCACAGUAGCCGACCUGUUUGCUGCUGGAACGAAGACAACUUUGACCACCCUUCGUUGGGCUAUGCUACUGAUAAUGAAAUAUCCACAGAUUCAGGAAAAAGUCCACGAUGAAAUCACCACCGUGAUUGGUUCAGAGCGGUUUCCCAGAACUGAAGAUUGGAAAAAUUUGCCGUACACCAAUGCAGUGAUCCACGAAAUCCAGAGGUUUGCUAACAUUGUGCCAUUGAAUGUCAUGCACUCAACAACAGAGGACUUGAACUUCAAAGGAUAUUUCUUUCCAAAGGGCACACUAGUGAUCCCUUUGCUAACCUCAGUGCUAUAUGACAAAACUCUAUGGAAAACCCCAGAUGACUUCAACCCUUCCAACUUUCUGGAUGCUGAAGGGAAGUUUGUGAAGAGAGAUGCCUUUACUCCUUUUUCAAUGGAUAAGAAGGCCUGUGCGGGGCAGCCCCUGGCCAGGAUGGAGCUUUUUCUGUUCUUUACCAUCCUGAUACAAAGGUUCAGGUUUCAAGUCCUGCCGAAUGUUACCAAUCUGGAGCUUACAUCAGGUGUGGGCUUCACCUCAUUCCCAAAGUACCAGAACGUGUGUGCAGUCCAUCGCUGA